GAAGAAUGCUGUAGCAGCAUCACACGACCAGCACAAUGCCAUCCUCGCUGCUCUCACACUCCCUCCGCCCAUCUCUCAUAUCAUCAGAUGCCGCGCAAUAUGUGUGCAAAACAUGCCGCCGCAACACUGCAUCGUACCGACGGACGAGAAAGAUGCUCCGCGUGAAGCAGGAUCCUUCAUUCGCGCCCUCGACGACAGAGAAGACCGAACACAUCAUCUACAACCCUCCGCCGAGCGCGCCGAAUGUAUAUCACACACCACCGAAGUUUUUGCCUGAGUCUGAUCCACGGAGGAAGCUACACAUCGAAGCUGCUGCUGCAGCGGCAGCAGAUGCACCCCAAAAGUCCACAUCAGUCCUUGCCGCAAUAGCAGCACAACGAGCGGCAUCACAAUCGAAAGCCGCAGACUUGAAGCCUAUACGGCCUAUAUACGAGAAGAAAUACCAUCUCACACAAGACGAUAUUGAUGAAAUCCGGAGGUUACGGAUGGAGGAUCCCAAACACUGGUCACGAUUAAGAUUGGCGGAAAAGUUCAAUUGCUCGCAGUUCUUUGUCAGUUUGUGCGUUACCGCACCGGAAGUAGCAAAAGAGAAGGACGCGGAAGCCGAUGCCGCCAGAGCGAGAUGGGGCCGACGGAAGAAGGAAGCACGAGAGGCCAGGGUCGAGAGGAAGAAGCUUUGGGGGCAGGAGGCGUGAGCGCCGGAAUAAUGAGGGAAAUGGAUACAGACCUCAGUCAGAAAACGCAUUCAAAAGCACGCCCCGCGACAGCUCACAGACUGUUUGUGCCGUGUCGCACUGCCAUUGGCGAGCGAUGAGCUAUUUGGGAGACCAGCUCGAGCCUGUUCCGGGGCAGCUUUUCCCUGCUGUACAAGCGGCAUACCUCCUAGCAGAGGAUACAGUAGGGCCCACGACCGAGCGCGGCCCUACCUAUCGCACGUGGUCGAAGCCAGGAGUGCGUGCAGUUGGUCCGCCACGAGUCAUAGGCAUGCGAUGUACACACAUGCACGACAUGUACGAUAUCAAAACAACAUCAGGAAGACAAUCGCAGAGCUCGUGAUUUCCACGCUUCGCCUCACAGCAUCGGAAGAGCGCUGACCUAUCGACCCUCACUUACCAUACAAGCAGCCAGCUGCAACUACUUGAGUGAGAGACGAACUUCUAUACACUGCAGCAC